GCGCAUUGUGUCUGGCGGCGGCCGCGGGGCGGCAGCCAUGGAGCCGCGGGCGCUCGUCACGGCGCUCAGCCUGGGCCUCGGCCUCUGCUCCCUGGGGCUGCUCGUCACGGCCAUCUUCACCGACCACUGGUACGAGACGGACCCCCGGCGCCACAAGGAGAGCUGCGAGCGCGGCCGCGCGGGCGCCGAGCCCCCGGACCAGAAGAGCCGCCUGAUGCCGCUGUCGCACCUGCCGCUGCGGGACUCGCCGCCCCUGGGGCGCCGGCUGCUCCCGGGGGGCCCGGGGCGCGCCGACCCCGAGCCCUGGCGCUCGCUGCUGGGGCUGGGCGGGCUGGACGCCGCGUGCGGCCGGCCGCUGUUCGCCACCUACGCGGGCCUCUGGAGGAAGUGCUACUUCCUGGGCAUCGACCGGGACAUCGACACCCUCGUCCUGAAAGGUAUUGCGCAGCGAUGCACAGCCAUCAAGUACCACUUUUCUCAACCAAUCCGCUUACGCAACAUUCCUUUCAAUUUAACCAAGACAAUUCAGCAAGAUGAAUGGCACCUGCUUCGGAUCUUUUGCACCAUUUCCCUCUGCACGUAUGCUGCCAGUAUCUCUUAUGAUUUGAACCGGCUCCCGAAGCUAAUUUAUAGCCUGCCCGAUGAUGUGGAACAUGGCUACAGCUGGUCCAUCUUUUGCGCCUGGUGCAGUUUAGGUUUUAUUGUGGCAGCUGGAGGUCUCUGCAUCGCUUAUCCGUUUCUUAGCCGGACCAAGAUUGCACAUCUGAAGUCUGGCAGGGACUCCACGGUAUGACUGUCUGCACUCGAGGCCCGGAUGGUACCGGCAACUCCUGAGGGCAGAGAAGCGGAGUUCUCUUCAGGAUUCCAAGCACAAAGCCGUCUCUUACAUUCCAACCUGUUGCCUGCAGCCCUUUCUGGAUGACUGACUGAAAAUCAUGCAGAACCUCCUGACCUUUCUAAGGACAAGACUACUGUGGAUUCAAGUGCUUUAAUGACUACUUAUGCUUUGACUGUGAGAAAUAACGGAGCAGUGUGCCGUGGAACAUUUCUAGGUGUGGAAAAGGAACUGCGAUGGAAAACUUUGUAUGAUUUCCAUUUAUUUCAGAAAGUUUGUAUAUAACAAUUACCUGAGAGUCAUUUCUAUUUGCAAAAGGAUUCGUAACAGAGCGAGUAUAAUUUUCUUGUCAUUGUUCCUUGCUCGUUGAAGUUUAAUGCAGCAUUUUCAGAACUUGUCCUUAUGGUGUCUUAUUGUGUCAGGACCCGGUAUUUGUACAUUAUUUGUGGCUGUUCCUUGUCACAAGGGGAUUCUUCUUCUGUUGCCUUAUUAUUACUUUUUAAUUGAAAUCUCUUCUCUGUCUUUGCACUGGGAUCGAAAUCAUAAGGAAAACAGAUCAACCGUGUAAGAGCUAAUCCGUGACACUAUGCAGUAUUGUUAGAAGUCCUAUCUGUUGUUCAGCCUUUGUCUCUUUCUGUUAACUGAUUUCUGCAUUAAAUGACUGCCCCCUUGUUAAUGUAGGUGUGUUUUUCUCUGUCAUUUUGCUGUGUCAACGAGUCUCCCUAGCCAAAGGACAAAUGGGAACUCUUGUUUUAAUAAGACUCUUAUUAAGCCUAAUUGCCUAAUUUAAAUUAGGUUAGUCUUUAUUAAUCUUUUGUGGCAAUCACAUGCUUGCUGUUGACAAAAGAUGUUAUUCUAAGCUUCCUCUUAAAGCUAACUAUAAUAUUUAAACCUUCCCCCAUCCUUUACCAUGUACUUUAUGAGGGAUGUGGUUCCUGGCCUUGUUCUGGGCCAGGCUUUCAGUCUUAGCUGUAUGUUAGAAUCACUUAGCAAAUUCUUCAGCCUCCCCAGAUAGACCCAGAUCCAGAGCUGGACCUAGGCUUGAUUGCUUCUAUUUUUUGUCUAAUUUAUUUGUUUGUACUGGUAGUUGAACUCAGGACCUUGCGCUUGU